AUGCUGCCGGCUGUCAAGCAGAAAAAGCACCUUGGCGCCGCUGCACCAUCUUCCGACGGUCUGAGAAUUGUCCACCAUGUCGAGACCAAACCGUCUGUGCCUCCCAACACCCUUCCCCACAACGAUGCAGCAAUACCUGCGUGGGAAGCCGGCGGGUGUCUGCCGGGGCCGCUACAGCACGCCGCGCACCCGCCGUGUCCGGCCACUUUUCACCUCGAGAGCAACGGCGCACAGUCCGAGUCUGCCAGCGAGCCCUGGACGCACCGUCCGUACUGCCCCGACCCCGAGCCUGACGCUGAGCACAAGACGACCGCCUACUGCGUCUUUACCGACGCCACGUUCCGCCGAGGCCGCGGGCUGAGCGUAAUUGCGCCUGCGCCGGGGCCGGACACAGGCACCGCGGCAACAGAUUCGGGACUCGCGCGGGCCGUGGGACAAGCCCUGGCCGCUGCCACCGCAUCCUCCGCCCGCGCCAGCGCGAGUGACUAUAGCGAAGAGAACGGAGACACCCCCGCACCCUACGCCGUCCAGCCCAUCCCGGGCAAAGGCCUCGGUCUCGUCGCCACGCGCCGCAUCCGCCGCGGCAGCGUGCUGAUGGUCGACGGCGCGGCCGUGCUCGCCGGCGCGGCGUUCCCGGGCCGCGUGCGCCGCGCGACGGGUCAGGAGCUGUUGGCUGCGGCAAUAGACAGGCUGUCAAGCCCAGAAGAGGUGCUAGGUCUCGCGAGGAGCAGGGACUAUGCUGGAGGUGCUGGUGCUGAUGCGGUGGGGCGAAAUGUGGAUGUGGAUGUGCGGGUGGCCGAGGAUGUGGUCAAGACGAAUUCGUUCAGUGUUGAGGUUGGCGGCGUCGCAGUCAUGGCUUUGUUUCCAAGGAUUGCGAGGAUAAACCACGCCUGCAACCCAAGUGCACUCACCAAUUUUAACGAAUCCACCCUCGCCAACACCGUGACAGCGUUUCGCGACAUUGACGUCGGCGAAGAGAUUACCAUCAGCUACUCCGACUUCGGCCUCGCCUCUACCGAGAGAAAGCGCAUCCUUCUCCAGAAAUGGGGCUUCCAGUGCAGCUGCGCCCUGUGCUCCGCCGACGCAGACACACUAGCAGCGUCAGACGCGCGGCGCACCGAGAUGCGCGCCACGGGGCAGCGCGUGCUGCAGCGCGUUGAGGCGGGCGACUUUGCCGCCGCCGUUGCGCUCAACGGCGCCCUCGUGGCCGCCGUUGCCGAGGAGAAGCUCGUGCCCCACCUCGGCGACCACUUCGACGUCAUGGCCCGCCUGUGUCUGGCUGCUGGAGACGCCGAGGGCGCGGCGAAGUAUGCCCGGAAGGCGAUUGCGGAGCUGAAGGGGUUCUACCAGGGUGCCGAGGCUGAGGGACUCGCGGUCAGGGACCUGGAGGCGUUGGUUACGAGGUUGAAGCGGCCUUGA